CUGAGCUUGGGUGUAUCUUGCUGGCUGACAGGACGGGCCUGCCCCUUGCUCUCUCCAGAAUACAGGAGGGAGGGAAAGCUUCGCAGGAGGGGAAACUAAGCAAGGAUGAGCUCUCCUGGGGACCAGCCUUUACCUCGAAAGCUUCCUUUCCGUCACACCAUCUUGUAUGUCUCUCAGUGAAGUUUCAGAACUUGUGUGUGGGGGGGGGAGUGUUGAGGAUGGUGUUGUGCAUGCUAAGCAUGCAUUCUACCAGUGAGUAGCACCCUCAGGCCCCGUAAGUUUUUAUUCUCUAUUAUUUCAUUUUUUGUGUGUACAUAUGCAUGCAUGUAUGUCUGUACAAGUCAGGGGUCAACCUCGGUGCCAGCCUUCAGGUGUUCUCUGCUGUGUUUCUUGAGACAGAGUCUCUCAGCUUCGUGCUCACCAAGCAGGCCGGGUUGGCCGGAGCCCCAGAGAGCUGCCUGUCUCUGCCUCCAGCACAGGGAUUGCAGGAACACGCCACCGCAUUCUCCUGCCUCAAUGGAUUACACGCAGGAGCCCAAUGUGACCACGACGGAGUACUACCUUGACGACUUGGCCAUGCCCUGUGACACGGAGCUCAUCCUCAGGGGCAGCAGGCUGCCACUUGCCCUCUUCUACUGCAUCUUGUUUGUACUGGGCCUUCUGGGAAACAGCCUGGUCAUCCUGGUCCUUGUGGCCUACAAGAAGCUGAGGAGUAUCACGGACAUCUACCUCCUGAACCUGGCCGUUUCGGACCUGCUCUUUGUCUUCUCGUUCCCGUUCCAGACUCACUACCUGCUGGACCAGUGGGUGUUUGGGACUGCCAUGUGUAAAGUGGUCUCCGGCUUUUACUAUAUGGGCUUUUUCAGCAGCAUGUUCUUCAUCACCCUCAUGAGCGUGGACAGGUACCUGGCUAUUGUCCACGCUGUCUAUGCCCUCAAAGUGAGGACGGCCCGAGUGGGCACGGCCCUGAGCCUGGCGGUGUGGCUGACGGCCGUCUUGGCCACCAUUCCGCUGCUGGUGUUUUAUCAAGUGGCUGCUGAGGAUGGUAUUCUACAGUGCUUCCCGUUUUACGACAACCAGUCUUUGAAGUGGAAGCUGUCUGCUCACUUUGAAGUGAAUACCUUGGGCCUGCUGCUCCCCUUCACCAUCCUUCUCUUCUGCUACAUCAGGAUCCUGCAGCAGCUGCGGGGCUGCCAGAACCACAACCGGACCAGGGCCGUCAAGCUGGUGCUCACUGUAGUCAUCGCGUCUUUGCUAUUCUGGGUCCCCUUCAACGUGGUCCUCUUCCUCACGUCCCUGCACGACUUGCAUGUCUUUGAUGGAUGUGCCAUGAGCCAGAAGCUGGCUCUGGCUACCCACGUCACGGAGGUCAUCUCUUUCACACACUGCUGUGUGAACCCCGUCAUCUAUGCUUUCAUAAGCGAGAAGUUCAAGAAAUACCUCGCGAACGUGUUUCCAAAAGGUUGCAGCCACCUCUUCCUCUACCUAGGGAAACAGAUGCCGGUGGGGGCAUGGGAUACGCACUCUUCCAUAGGGAGACAGAUGCCUGCGGGGGCGUGGGAUACGCGCUCUUCUCACUCCUCCACCCUGGACUACAUUUUGUAGGAGGGCGUGCACAGGUCGUGCCUCGGCCACUCUUCCUACUCCCAAUCUGUCCCCCUCUCCCCGCUUCCCCUCCUCUCACUUCCCCUGGUUUACCGAGACAGAGUCGCACUUUGCAGCCCAGCCUGGCUUUGAACUCUCAAUUCUUCUGUCUCCGCCUGCUAAAUGCAAGUGCCAUCCUUUUUUGUUUGUUUUUUCGAGACAGGGUUUCUCUGUUCAACGGCGCAGCUGGAACUCGUUUUGUAGAUCAGGCUGGCCUGGAACUCUCUGAGAUCUGCCUGCCUCUGCCUCCUGAGUGCUGGGAUUAAAGGUGUGUGCCACCACAUCAUAGUUUUGGGAUUUGUGUGUGUGUGUUGUGUUCAUGAGAGACAAUAUUUUAUAAUUUUUCUCAUUCCCAUAUAUCUAACCUGGCUUGAUUUCUUAAAAUGCAUUGAGAAAUGUUCCUUUUAAAAUCUAUUCUCUGAAAUGGUUUGUGUAAAAAAAAAAAGUGGCAUUAAUUUCUCUUUGUAGGUUUGAUGCAAUUUAUUAAUAAACCCAUCCAAGGUACUUCUGUACAAAGAUUUGCAUUUAAUAUACCCCACAGAGACAUUUAGUGAUGUGGGAUUCCCCUCUGUAUUCUGUGAAUAUGUUUUAUUGUCAUUGGUCAAUAAAGAAGCUGCUUUUGUCAAUGGCUUUACAGAGUAAUGCCAGGUGGAAAAUCCGAACAGAGAUGUAGAGUAGUAGGCGGAGUCAGGGAGAUGCCACAUAGCCGCUGCAGGAGACAGAUGCCUGAUGGAACCUUGCUGGCAGGCCACAACCAUGUAGUGAUACACAGAUUAAUAGCAAUGGGUUAAUUUAAAAUAUAAGAUUUAGCCGGAAAUAUGCCUAAGCUAUUGACUAAGCAGUGCUGUAAUUGAUAUAGUUUGUGUGUGCUCAUUCUGGAUCUGGGUGGGCAGGAAUGAACAAGCAGCCUCUGCCUACAAUUCAGCUUUUCUACCUGCUUUUGAUUUGUAAGAAAUUUUGC